UUCAAAACAUAGAGGGAUGCAUGAAGAAAAAAACGGGUGCAGGAAUAAAAUACCCAAUGCACUAAGAAAUGGUUACAAAGUAUAGCUGAGAUGUGCCCAAAAUAAAAAAAUAGUGGUAACAAGCAACUUAAGAAGGCCUGUGAGUAAGGCCCAACAGCACAGAGCGUUUCCCGUGGGUGCAACAUUAGAGGCGUGUGUGGCUCAAAGCUUCUCUUUCGCAGUUUCUCUCUCUUCUUCUUUCUUCUUCACUCGCUUUAUUCCUUCAUUAGAUCAUCAGUUCCCAAUCGAGAGCUUUCGUUUCCAAUCACUGCAACUCGGAUCUGUUACCCACUUCUUAAUUACGGUCUGAACUGAGAUGGCUGGAGGUGUUAUUCGGCAGUUAUUGAGGAGGAAACUCCAAUCUUGUUCUUCUAGUUCUUCUUUCACGUCACCCGUGAUCUCAAAGAUCGAUGGUGCCAACUCUACUGGCAGCAACUCUUUACGAGCACUUGCAUUAGUAGGAGCUGGUGUCACGGGGAUUUUAAGUUUUUCAACAACAGCAUUAGCUGACGAAGCUGAGCAUGGUCUGGCAUGUCCCAGCUAUCCAUGGCCUCACAAGGGCAUUCUCUGUUCAUAUGAUCAUGCUUCAAGAAGAGGUAAAGGCUAUGGCAGGGGAGAUUGAGGUGGUUGAUGGCCCUAAUGAUGAGGGUGAGAUGUUUACACGCCCUGGUAAACUCAGUGAUCGCUUUCCUCAGCCAUAUGGAAAUGAAGCCGCCGCUAGGUUUGCUAACGGUGGAGCCUAUCCUCCAGAUCUUAGUCUCAUCACCAAACACCAUGGAAAGGCUAAUGGAAGCUCACGUCGACGUUGUUUUAGAGCAUUUAGAAACGAGAAAGCUAAUCUUGAAUGGUCCAGAUGCAGGCCAUCUCUUAUUAUUUUAAAAGAAACUCCUCGUGAUGGUCCGCCGCCAAAUCCGAUCGGAAGAGCCGCUGCCAACGAUGAGUACAGAGGUGAACCUGCGGCCGCAGCUUCUAUUUGAUUUUCUGUUUUUUGUAAUUUUCUUUUUUUUGUAUUUCAUCACCGAAAUCCUUAUCAGAAAUGUAUCUUUAGAUAAAUUGAGGUUUUCACUAUAGAUUUCUUUUUUGUAUCAGAGAUUAUCAAGAUUUGAUACUGUAUAAAUUUUGAGGUUUGUAGAA